UCUCGCCACUUUUCUGGGUUGUCUCGCCGCUCUCGCGCGUCCCGAGACUCGGCGAGAUUUCUUACAACGGCGGGGCGACGAAGCUGCUUUCAAAAGAUUACUAGGAAACUCCACUAUUACUCGGAUUCCGGUGCAAUAUUGCUUCAGACAUCAAAAUGAAACGGAGCAGCAGGUUGUCGUCAAACUUUCCCUUGUCCCCCAGCAAGAGGCUGAGCAUUCUGGGCCCCGACAGCCCCAUCUCCAGGAGGCAGUCUAUGGCUGACACUUCCACAUUAAGUGAAAAUGUCUUCCUUGAUGUGCCAGAGAAUAAUGAUGAGCAAGAGAAGAAACAGAGACAGCUCAACCGCCUCCAGCAGCAGAUACAGUCCAAAACCUUCUCCCCUACAGCAGCCACUUCCGACCACCGCAAGUCUGUCAGCAUAGUGUCAGGACUCACCAACCAGCAGCUGACAGAACAUUAUUCAAAGUGCAUUCAACUCUCAACAGAAAAUAAAAUUAAUGUCAACAAUGCCUUCAAGCUUCAGCUCAUUGAUUACAUGUCGGAGAUGCUUCACAGAAGAGACUCAGAAAUGGAGAACUUUCAAGUUGCCAGCUGCACCCUGGAUGCCAGUGCCAAGAUCUAUGCCUAUCGGGUGGACAGCGUGCACACGGAUGCACUCAAGAUGGCCGGGGGACUGGGCCGCUCCAAGGGGGAGAAGAGCAAGGACGGGGGGGAGGAGAUGGAUUGUCAAGAUGAUGGUGAAAGGAAGGAAAAGAAGAAAAAAAAAAGGAAAAAGGUCAUCAUUGAGUCUAACAUGAAGAACAUUAAUGUAAAGGGAUUUGACUUGGAUUUUCAAGUUGACCCUCUGUUCAAGAAGAUGGCAGCUCAGUUUGAUGAGGGACGGUCAAAGUGUGGUCCCUUCCUUACAUCACUCCAGUUUCUGGAUGAUUCAUGUUCUCUUGUGUUGGAUUCUGAGACUGUGCUUCUCAACUCUGGGAAAGUGAAGGAGGAACAAGUCAAGAGUCCACUUGUGUCGGUGCCCUGCAUUGCAGAUAUGAAGGGGAAGACAUUGUGUCCAACCUUUGCACCAUUUGAGUUCACCUCAUGGAAGGUGGGCGAUGACGCCUCUUUCUGUGACCUGUCAAGGCUGUGGGCCAGCGGUGAUGAGGAGGAGGAUCCCGACACUGCAGAUGAGCACAAGUUUGAUGUGAAUGCAGUGCCAGAGCCAAUUUGUGAUGACAUGGAUUUUGAUAAUAACUACAAUGAUGAUGAUGGAAUAGGCGGCGAUGAGGGCGACACAGUGAUAACAGUGGGCCAGGGAGGGUGUCAGAAGAUGCCUCCACCACUCAUGGAGGCCAUCCACCUCAAGGAUCACCUGGCCACCAUACCUUCCGAAUACUCCUACUUUGACAGCCACCGCAUGUGUGCCUGGGCAGGCCCCACACACUGGAAAAUAAGACCAUUAUCAAAAAGUAAGUUGUGCCCUACUCGUGAGACCAAAAGUGACAAGAAAAGAAAAAAAGAGCUAAUAAAACUGACAUAUAGAGAUGAUGAAAAUAGCAUUAGUAAGUUGUUUGCUGUGGGUAGAAAGAUGACCAAGCUAUCCCAAACCACCCUCAAGAUGUGGACCAAGGAAAAGACCACCAUGCCUGUUGAUCUACAUUAUGAAGCCAGAAAUUUCUUCAAGUUGUUUGGACGUUCUUCUGUUGUAAUACAGAGACAAAGAAAAGCAGCUGCUGUGGAUGAAAGUAUUAAUGAAUAUAAUUAUGACAACCAGAAUGACCGAGAAAACUUCUGUGCUCAGGAUGACAAUGUCAGUUGCUAUGGUGACAGUUCCACACAAGGCUAUGAUAUGACAGAUAUCUUCAGUGAAACUGCUGUUGGCUCUCAACCCACAAAUGACUUGGAAAUCAAAGCUUCAGAUUUUCUUGGCAACUUGGUUGCAGCACCAGACAAGGUUGAAAAAGUCAACAUUGGUUAUGCUCGAACUGCAAAGAAAGUUGACAUAAAGAAGUUGAAAACAGCAAUAUGGGAUAUGCUAUCCGAUCCAUUGACUGAAAAGGAGAAUUGCAGACAAUCUGAGAACCAAGCUGAGAACAACAAAAAAGACAAGAUGGAUUCUAACUGUGACAUUGAGUUCUCAAAUAUGUACAAAGAUCUUCCUCAGAGAUUAUCUGCUUCGAUGUCUGGGAACAUUUCAGUGCCUCUUGUGUUCAUUGGUCUAUUACAUUUAGCUAAUGAACACAACUUAAAAUUAGUGGAUAAAGGUAACUUGACAAACUUCACAAUCAUGCAAGGAUGAACAAAUGUGGAUGGUGACUCUUAACUAUCUUGAUGUACCUGAUGUGGAUAUGUAUGCAAUAAUUUAAGAAUGGUCACUGCCAAUUUACUCAGAUGUUGGCACUGUACACCAUUGCUCUGCCUCACCACUGGUCUUCAUUCCACUCUCUAAUAGAAUUUAGAUAAUUAUAUUUGCAUUAUCAAAGACUAGAUAAUUUUUGUUUCACUUUUAGGAUAUCAAAUGAAAAUUCAAAACAACCAAUAUUUCUUUGAGGAAUGUCUUCUUGGAUAUGAACUUCUGCCAUCAAGCUUAUUUACUUGUUACAUAUUAUAACAGCAUUUCAGCCAUGCUAGUUGUAACUCAGUAUGACUUAGGGGUCCGAGUUGAUCCCAGCUAGGUGAAGCAUACAGCAACAGUUGUGAAGUGUCACCAUAAUACUGUACAUGUCUGUACAGUGUACAGUGUGUCUGCUGUAGUCCUUGAAUUGUUACUGUCACAGACCAGUACUUCAUUGGCCUGCACACCACUUUAAAUUUUGGUCAGUGCCUGCAUUGAGACAGUUCAGCUGUCCAUCUAUACACAGGGGUACGUGAGUCUUGUCAUAACAAAAGUGUAGUCAUACAUUGGUCAGGCAUCAAAAUUUUAGUCUUUACUUUAAUAGAAAUAUGCAAUUUUUGUCACUGUCCCUCCCAACUGUAUGGUUUUGUAUCCUAGAGAAAUAUGAAUGCAUUCUUUUGUGGACAUUCACAGCUGCAGGAUUUUAUAGCUUUUUGUUGUAUUAUUUAUUUAACAUGAAUAUUACUUUUAUUACCUUUGUGAUGACUUGCUGAACAGGAAUAGAUCUCAGCUAUGCAAAGGAACCAUGUUAGUUAAAUUCUUACUAGAAAUUAAUUUGAUCAUUAAACCAUUGUCAUAACUUCUGUAUAAGAUUUUUGUGCACUUGUUUUUCACUUAUACAAAGGAUCUUUUGAAACAAACAUAUUUUUUGUCUGUCUUGUGCUUGGAAGAAAUUUUGCCAAUUCAUGGUCAUAUGUUUUUGGCAUGGUAAAAAAUGUUGAGAACAGUUAUUAAGAACUAAAGAUAGUUUUUAGUGCAACUAUUUUUAUGUGGACCAUAAGUGUAUGUAUGCAAAUAUCACCAAAAUGUGUCCCAGAUAUGUUAACAAUAUGGUUUCAUGUGUUAGCACACCACAUGCAGGCGAUAUGUGUUCAUGAAGUAUUGAGAAGUUAUAUGCACUAAGAAUGUAUUAUGCUUUAAUUCAGAGUUCUUCAAUCUUUUAAAAGAAGUGUGGCACACUCGAAACAUUGUCGUUAAUUCUAAUGGCAAAUUCAAGUUAUUUCAAAUUCAAGCACUAAGAGUUGUCUGUUAUGGUGAUCUUUAAUGUUGCCUGCAUUCAACAUUGAAAACAUCUACUUGUACAGUAUUGACAGUGCUGGCAAGAGAGAGCUGCCUAGACUAAACUUCAUCUUUUUAAUUGAAAGGCUGAAGAUAAAGAAGGAUCCCAAGUUCCCAUUUUAGGUUACCCUUUGUGGCAUGCAGGGAAAAUAAGACAGUAUUCUUCCACCUUGGCUGUGAAAUGAGCAGUCAGGCCAUCCUCUCCCCCUCCCCCCUCCAUGUGCAGUGCUAUGAACCUGACUGAAGUGAAAGGUGAUGUGUUGAUGGAGUGCUUAAAUAAUUUUUUUUUUUUUUUAUUCUUUUCUUUUUUUUCUUCCAACUGGAACUAUAGAUUGCAACAAUAUAUUUAUCAGAGUAUAGUAAAAAUUAUAUAUUUCGACAUAAUCAUGUAAAUUUUAGCAAUAUGAGAACUCUAGUAGUA